UGCAUCGACCUUAGAAAGACGACGGCAGACAGGGGGAGCUGGGAGUUCAAGGCAGAGGAUGCCACCGAUGCGCUGAAAAUUGUAUGCAUCGACCUUAGAAAGACGACGGCAGACAGGGGGAGCUGGGAGUUCAAGGCGGUGGAUGCCAGCCGCACGCUGGGAAGCGUACGCAACGACCUUGAAAAGAGGACGGCGGACAGAGACAGCUUGAAGCUCAAGGCAGAGGAUGCCACCGAUGCGCUGAAAAUCGUGUGCAUCGACCUUAGAAAGACGACGGCAGACAGGGGGAGCUGGGAGUUCAAGGCGGUGGAUGCCAGCCGCACGCUGGGAAGCGUACGCAACGACCUUGAAAAGAGGACGGCGGACAGAGACAGCUUGAAGCUCAAGGCAGAGGAUGCCACCGAUGCGCUGAAAAUUGUGUGCAUCGACCUUAGAAAGACGACGGCAGACAGGGGGAGCUGGGAGCUCAAGGCGGUGGAUGCCAGCCGCACGCUGGGAAGCGUACGCAACGACCUUGAAAAGAUGACGGCGGACAGAGACAGCUUGAAGCUCAAGGCGGUGGAUGCCAGCCGCACGCUGGAAAGCGUACGCAGCGACCUUGGAAAGACGACAGCAGACAGGGGGAGCUGGGAGUUCAAGGCGGUGGAUGCCAGCCGCACGCUGGAAAGCGUACGCAGCGACCUUGGAAAGGCGACGGCGGACAGAGAUAGCUGGAAUCUCAAGGCGGAGGAU